UCAUAUUCAUGCCAUCACCAUCAUUACAUUGCAUCAACUCCAUCAUUUUUUGAUCAUCCCCUUCAUCUCCAUUCUCCAUCACUUCUUAAGAUUCAUGGGGAGACCUCCUUGUUGUGACAAAGCCAAUGUCAAAAAAGGCAUUUGGACUCCUGAAGAAGACGCUAAGAUUCUUGCCUAUGUUUCUAACCAUGGUGUUGGUAAUUGGACUCAAGUUCCUAAGAAAGCUGGACUGAAUAGAUGUGGAAAGAGUUGCAGGCUCAGAUGGACUAACUACCUGAGGCCUGACCUUAAACAUGAAGAAUUUACAGAACAAGAAGAACAGCUCAUUAUUCAGUAUCAUGCAGCAAUAGGCAGCAGAUGGUCCUUAAUUGCAAAACACCUACCUGGAAGAACAGAUAAUGAUGUGAAGAAUUACUGGAACACCAAGCUGAAAAAGAAGCUAGCUAAAAUGGGAAUUGAUCCAGUCACUCAUAAACCCAUUUCAAAAAUCCUUUCGGAUUAUGAAAGCAUCAGCUGUCUGACAACCAAUGGCCAGAUGAGAUCUGUUGACAAAACUUUAGUUGAUUCUUUCUCUUCUCGCUGUCGAUUAUCACCAUCCAUUCAUCUGGGAUCUGAAUCUGCUGCUGCCAUGAGUUGGAUGCCAAUGAUAGAUCAGCUCCAAGAAAUCACUUCUUUCAAUCAUUGCAUGUUAGACCAAGUAUCGCCUUCGUCUACAAGUUCUUCUUCAUCUUCUAUUUCGAAUGGACAAUCGAGCUCACACCUGUUGGUGCCAGCUUCCUACAGUUGGGGUGAGAAAAAGAGUUCUGUUGAUGACCGUCUUUUCGAUACUGAUAUAGCAGAGCAAGAGCACAACUACAGGGGGUUUCUAGCAGAAGAUUCACAGACUCUUAUCUUGGAGAAUUCGUCACAAACGAAUAGCAAAAUGACAGAUGACAAGUUUGGGUUGUCAGAUUGUAAAAAGGCAGGUCAGAAUGCUGAAACAAGCAGAUGCUAUGAUUCGGAACCAUCGUCAGUGAACUCGUUUGUUAAGGCUCUUUUGGAUCGCGACAGUGAGAUACAGUUAGAUUUUCCGGCUUUUCAUGACAUCUUAGAUUACUAAAUCAAACAGAAAUGGUUUCUUUAUUUCUUUUUGUUUCUUAUUAGGUUACUAAUUCAUACAUGUUACAAGUUGAUUGUUAUAGGAAUUGAUACGGAACAAGUUAAUUUACGCAAAUUGUUUGAUAAUGAGAUGAACUUGAUGAUGAUACUCUCCAAUAAAAUAAGAUUAAAAGCAUAUCAAUAACAAUUAUAAUCAACAUAGGUAAUACACACCUCCUUAAUUCCUCUGUGGGGUUGAAUUAGGAAAAAAGUGAAGAGGCAAAGUGCAAAUUCAUUUGUUUUUCUUGUAUGAUACAAAGUGUACUUCUCAAAACUUGUGGGCAAAAUAGAUUCUUGAUAAUUCGUUUGCUUGUUGGUAUUAACUAGUGAUAUUGUGAAUGAUUUAUUAUUUUUAAGUACUUACGAAUUUAUAAAUAUUUAGUUGUAAACAUUAUUUGAACUGAAUUAAGUUGUUUUACACUAACAUUGUAGUGAAAUGGUUGAAUGAAAAGGGUUUUUAAUGGCUUUAAAACUCAAUUUAAUGGCACAACUCAGCAACAAUGAAGAUUUUCUCAUUCUCAAUGCCUCGUAAAUCAAAUUUGAUGGAAGUUUAAUGUUUGCUAAAUAAGAUUGGUGGUAUUAUGAAUACAUUAAUGUUUUUGUAGGUAAAAAUGCUCUCUUUAAACAAAAUCAUUGAGUAAAAAUGUUCUCAAAAUCAUUAUUACAGGCCAUGUAAUAAAAUCAUGCAUAUAUAAACAAUAACCAUGCCAAUCAUCACAAUUCAGAGAUAUUAACCAUUUAUUUAUUUAAUGUGAAUGAUUCAGAGAUAUUAACUAUAACCAUAAAAUCAUUAUCCU